CGCUGAAGGGAGCGUUUGUUCGGGACGGGUAAACCGUGCCGUUAUGUCGAGCCUGUAACAGUUUGUACUACUCAUAAAACUGGAUUUAAACCCUGCUGGAGGAUUUUUGUUUUUGGCAGUGCUGUUAUAGGAUGUCGAUACACUCGCAUUUCAAUCGAUACAACGCCCCAACUGUGAAGUUUGACGAAGUGGAAGCGUUUAGUGUGGAAGGAAGAGAAGCCGCUGUGUUUGCUUGAGGAUCCGCGCAUACUCGGUCUGGAUUGCAUUCUCAAGAUCACAGCUGCAGGCCAUUUACUGAUGGGUAUAUACUGUGAGGCAACACUCCAAGGGAAGUGCACCUCAUUCAGAAAAGACGAGAACUGUGAAAGAAUGAAGACAAGCUAGAUUCGCCAUAAAACCGUUAAAGACUAGCUUUGUUGGACACAAACCUGGAUUCAAUGCACAUUCAGAAAAACCUGAAAAGUAACUUUUCUGGUUGAAGAUAAUCUGCAAAAGAACUCGGUCACACAAGUUAUCAGUAUGAGUGCCGAAGGAUAUCAAUAUAGAGCGCUGUAUGACUAUAAGAAGGAGAGGGAGGAAGACAUAGACCUGCAUGUGGGAGAUAUUCUCCUGGUAAGCAAAGGUGCUCUAGUGGCCCUUGGGUACACUGACGGACUGGAACAGAGGCCAGAUGAGAUUGGAUGGCUGCCAGGCUACAAUGAAACCACUCAGGAAAAGGGUGACUUCCCUGGGACAUAUGUCGAGUACAUCGGAAAGAAAUGGAUAUCUCCCCCCACACCCAAGCCAAGGCCUCUCAGACCUUUACCUGUUGCACCAGGUAACUACAAGGCGGAGACAGACUCUGACUCUGAGCAAGGUUAUCUGUUGGACUUAACAGAACAGUUUUCUCCUCCAGACACGGCUCCACCAAUGCUGGCCAGACUGCUGCAAACUAUUGAGAAGAAAGGACUGGACAAUCCCACUUUAUAUCGCACAUUUACUGCUGGUGCUGGGCAUGAAGUGAGGCAGCUUUUCGAAUUUGAUCCUUCCUCAGCAGAACUAGAUCAGUUGGAGCUUCCAGUCCUUUGUGAUGGUCUGCGCAGGUAUCUUCAGGAUCUUCCACAGCCCAUCAUCCACUCUGCAAUAUGUGCUCAAAUGGUCCUCACCACCAAAGAGGUGGUGAAUACUGAGGAAUGUGCCCAGCUGCUACGUCGCAUUGCCAGCACCCCGAGCCUGCCUCCGCAAUACUGGCUAACUCUCCACUGUCUGCUCAGGCAUUUCUCUAGAGUGUGUGAAAACGGCUCCAAAAACCUGCUCUCGGCUAGAACACUGGGCGAGAUCUUCGGCCCUGUGUUUUUCAGACAGCAAGCCACCAGUUGUGAACCCAGCCUGGAUGCUCACAUCAGGAUCAUUGAGGUUCUGGUGACCAGUGAAUGGAGUGAAAUACAAGCUGCCCCAGCUCUACCUCCUAAGCCACCCAAGCCCACAUCUGUGACUAACAACGGUAUGAACAACAACAUGGCUCUACAAGACGCUGAAUGGUACUGGGGCGACAUCUCAAGGGAGGAGGUCAAUGAGAAAUUGAGGGACACUGCAGACGGUACGUUCUUGGUACGAGACGCCUCAACAAAAAUGCACGGAGACUACACUCUGACUCUGAGGAAAGGAGGUAACAACAAGCUCAUUAAGAUAUUCCAUCGGGAUGGGAAGUACGGCUUCUCAGACCCACUGACCUUCAGCUCAGUCGUUGAGCUCAUCAACCACUAUCGCAAUGAAUCACUGGCUCAGUACAACCCUAAGCUGGACGUCAAGCUGCUGUAUCCCGUCUCUAAACACCAGCAGGAUCAGGUGGUGAAAGAAGACAACAUCGAAGCUGUUGGGAGGAAGCUCUGCGAGUACCACCAGCAGUACCAGGAGAAGAACAAAGAGUACGACCGUCUGUAUGAAGAAUACACCAGAACAUCACAAGAAAUCCAAAUGAAAAGGACGGCGAUAGAGGCGUUUAAUGAAACCAUAAAGAUCUUUGAGGAGCAAUGCCAAACACAAGAGCGGUACAGCAAAGAGUAUAUCGAGAAAUUUAGGAGGGAAGGCAACGACAAGGAGAUCCAAAGGAUCAUGGGAAACUAUGAGAAGUUGAAAUCAAGGAUAAGCGAAAUUGUGGACAGUAAGCGUCGCCUGGAGGAAGACCUGAAGAAACAGGCAGCAGACUACAGAGAGAUCGACAAGAGGAUGAACAGCAUCAAGCCCGAUCUCAUCCAGCUCCGCAAGACCAGAGACCAAUAUCUCAUGUGGUUGACCCAGAAGGGAGUCAGACAGAAGAAACUUAACGAGUGGCUUGGAAUCAAGAACGAGAACACAGAAGAUCAAUAUUCUAUGGUGGACGAUGACGAAGACCUCCCGCAUCACGACGAGCGGUCCUGGAAGCUGGGCAACAUCAACCGACCGCAGGCGGAGGCUCUCCUCCAGGGGAAGAGAGACGGAACAUUCCUGGUUCGAGACAGUAGCAAAGCGGGAUGCUACGCAUGCAGUGUUGUCAUCUCUCGCAAAGAGCAAUGCGGGCUGUCUGGCAGAUAUGACAGCACACAGUCUGUCUUGAUGGAAAUCACUUUAAUAGGGGACUACCGGACGUUGAACCUGGAGCAGACGGGUCAGAGCCUCACGUAG